AUGGAGACGGCUUGGUUGUCAAAGUUGAUGUUUAUGUUCUGUAUUGCCUGUCUGAUUCCGACCCUACGAGCCAACAUUGCGGAGAUGGACGAGUAUUGGUCACAACGAGCCAACGAAGCUCGAGAGUUCACUCUUCAAGCUUAUCGUUCUGAUCCUUACGAAAUCGUCGAUCACUUUCAUGAACGUCAUUACGACAACACUACUGAUGUUACCGAGACAGAGGAAGAUAGCAGCACGAAGCCUGAAGAGGCGGGAACAGAUCAGGUCAUUGAAAUGGUCAGGAACUCGACGAACAGCACUAGACGAAGCUUAAAAGGCAGAGGAAAAUGGAGCAAGCUUAAGGGACCGUGUACAGCAAGUAACCCGAUAGAUAAAGGCUGGCGUUGCCGUAGGAAUUGGGCUAAGCGUCGUAAGAGGCUUGCUAAAUGUGUCCGCGGGUUCGGCCACGGAACCACCGGUGGGAAACGUGGACGUAUCUACGUGGUAACAAGCAACCUCGACGAGGACAUGGUGAACCCUUUACCAGGGACAUUGCGUCACGCCGUGAUACAAAAGGAACCUCUAUGGAUCAUUUUCAAGAACGACAUGCACAUUCGUUUAAACCAAGAGCUUUUGGUUAAUAGCGACAAGACGAUCGAUGCACGUGGAGCUGAUGUCCAUAUCGCACAUGGCGCAGGGAUAACGAUGCAGUUUGUGAGAAAUGUUAUUAUCCAUGGACUACACAUUCACCAUAUCUCCGAGAGUAGCGGUGGUAUGAUCCGGGACUCGGUAGACCAUUUUGGAAUGAGGACUAGAGCUGAUGGUGAUGGUAUAUCUAUAUACGGUUCGUCUAACAUAUGGAUUGAUCAUGUUUCGAUGUCGAAAUGUCAAGAUGGACUAAUUGAUGCAAUUGUUGGAUCCACUGCCGUUACAAUCUCCAACUCUCACUUCACUCACCACAACGACGUGAUGUUGCUUGGUGCGCAAAACAAUAUGAAUGAAGCGGACCAGAAGAUGCAAAUCACAGUUGCUUAUAACCAUUUUGGUAAAGGACUUGUGCAGAGGAUGCCAAGGAUCCGAUGGGGAUUUGUUCACGUUGUGAACAAUGACUACACACAUUGGGAGCUUUACGCUAUCGGAGGUAGUCAAGGUCCCACUAUUCUCAGCCACGGAAACCGAUUCAUAGCUCCUCCACACUUACCUUAUUACAAAGAGGUGACAAAGAGAGAUUAUGCUUCUGAAGACGAGUGGAAACACUGGACCUGGAGAUCGGAGAAAGAUAUAUUCAUGAACGGAGCUUAUUUCAGACAAUCUGGUGAUCCUCAUUACAAAACCGUUCACACGAGGAAACAAAUGAUUAAACCUAAAAAUGGAUAUGCUGUUUCUAAGCUGACCAAAUACGCAGGAGCACUUGAUUGCAGAGUCGGAAGACGCUGUUAG